AUGUCGCAUAGAAAGUUUGAGGCACCCCGUCAUGGCUCCCUGGCCUUCCUGCCGAGGAAGCGUGCAAGCAGACACCGUGGCAAGGUCAAGAGCUUCCCCAAAGACAACCCCAAGGAGCCAGUCCACUUGACCGCCGCUAUGGGAUACAAAGCUGGUAUGACUACAAUCGUCCGAGAUCUUGAUCGUCCAGGUGCGAAGAUGCACAAGAAGGAGGUCGUUGAAGCCGUCACUGUCAUUGAGACACCUCCCAUGAUGGUCGUCGGUCUCGUGGGUUACAUCGAAACUCCUCGUGGUCUUCGCUCUCUUACCACUGUCUGGGCUGAGCAUCUGAGCGACGAAGUCAAGCGACGCUUCUACAAGAACUGGUACAAAUCGAAGAAGAAGGCUUUCACCAAGUACGCCAAGAAGCACGCAGAGGAGUCCGGCCGGCCCAUUAACCGCGAACUCGAGCGCAUCAAGAAGUACUGUACCGUUGUCCGCGUUCUCGCACAUACUCAGAUCAGCAAGACACCUCUCAAGCAGAAGAAGGCACACUUGAUGGAGAUCCAGGUCAACGGUGGUAGCGUGGCUGAAAAGGUGGACUUUGGCAAGGGCCUAUUCGAGAAGCCAGUGGAGAUCAACUCGGUCUUCGAGAAGGAUGAGAUGGUCGAUGCCAUUGCUGUUACAAAAGGACAUGGCUUUACAGGUGUCACGGCCAGAUGGGGUACUAAGAAGCUUCCGAGGAAGACGCACAAGGGUCUGCGCAAGGUUGCGUGUAUUGGAGCGUGGCAUCCUUCGCACGUGCAAUGGACUGUCGCCCGUGCUGGUCAGAAUGGAUAUCACCAUCGUACUUCCGUCAAUCAUAAAGUCUACCGCAUUGGCUCUGGAGAAGCAGCUGACAAUGCUUCAACUGAAUUCGAUGUCUCAAAGAAGCAGAUCACUCCUAUGGGUGGUUUCGUGCGGUAUGGUGAGGUCAAGAGCGACUUCAUCAUUCUCAAGGGUGCAAUCCCUGGCGUCAAGAAGCGAAUCGUCACGCUACGCAAAUCGAUGUUCGUCCACACGAGUCGGAAAGCGCUGGAGAAGGUAGAUCUCAAAUGGAUCGAUACGUCGUCCAAGUUCGGACACGGAGCAUACCAGACUCCAGCAGAGAAGAAGCAAUACCUGGGGAAGUUGAAGAAGGACUUGCCUAUUGCUGCUUAG